AUGAGCUCUUUCCAGAAUGCGAUGAUCAACCGGUCGCUGGGCGACAUCAAGAACAACCUUCAAUUUCUGCUCGAGUCCGAAGUCAUCACCCCCGCUCAGCACGAUGCCAUGCUGCAGCAGCUCCCCGUUUCCGCCGAGAACUCGACGCGCGCCCUGCCCUCAGCACCCGCGCAGCAAGUCACGAACCAGCUUUCGCAGAUGAACCUCCAACCUACACCCUCGCAUACACCCGCUCCGGCGUCAGAGAAGAAGCAGAAUAUCGGUUACUAUGCUGACAGCCUUGCGAACCCCCCACCGCCAGCCUACCCAUCCACACCCUCUCUCCCCGUCGGCCCUACCAUCCUCGCAUACGCUUCCGCCAUGUACCAGUACAAUGCGCAAGACGCUGGCGAUUUGGCUCUGCUGCCCAACGACAAGGUCGCCGUCACAGAGUACAUGAACGCCGAAUGGUGGAAGGGCAAGAACGAGCGCACCGGACAGGAAGGCAUCUUCCCUGCCUCGUACGUGCGCAAAGAAGAAAAGUCCAUGGUCCCUGCUCCCAGCAACUACGGCAACAUGCCGCUCGACGUCUCCAACGGUGCCGCAUCGGGCCCUGUCGCCGCUCAACAGGCUGCUCCGGGCGAGCCGAGCAAGUUUGAGCAAGGCGGAAAGAAGUUUGGCAAGAAGUUGGGCAACGCGGCCAUCUUCGGUGCAGGUGCGACUAUUGGCGGCAAAAUUGUGAACGGCAUUUUCUGAUCGUAUGUACAGGUGCGACUAUCGGUGGCAACAUCGUCAACUCUAUCUUCUGA